UUUCUCUCAUGUCACCUGUCAAUCAAACACCAGGUGUCUCGCUCACCUGUUCAAGCCGUUUGCGCAUGCUCGCGUCAUCCAGAGCGCGUGCUGCUGAGGCCUCACCUGCCCAGGUGUUCUACCUGUGGACCAAUCAGCUGCUUUGGCGCUGACAUUUGUUUACGGUCUGUGCGGCACGCGGGGCCGCGUGGACGCGGUGAACUGGCACGAGCUGAAACAAAGAGUGACGCUGGGGGGGGGGGCUCCUCAAUUAUCCCUCCGCGUGCAGAUAGGUGGCGCGUGGUGCUGCUCGAAGGUCUCGCGCCUGUUUAUGUUGCAGAGAAACGGUGACGGGCUCCGGCGGGAGGCGUCACACACACCGGAUCAGUCCCGACCUGCCGCCCGGCCGCGCCGCUGCUCCAGCACCAGGACUCACUGGGACCCACCGGGACUCACAGGGCGCGUGCACAUACUGGCACAUUUUGGCACAUUUUGGAGCGGGAGGAGGCGCGCAGCGGAGCCGGGUCGAGGAGCCCAUGCGGACGGGAGGAGGUGAUCAAUGAAGCAGCAGAUCAUGGCGGAGGGUCCCCGCUGCAAGAGGCGAAAACAGGCCAACCCCCGGAGGAAGAACGUGUUGAACUAUGAGAACGUGGUGGACUCGGGUUCGGAGACGGAUGAGGACGACGGCCUCGCGAACGGAGGAGGGGGCGAGGAGGACGAGGAGGAGGGGGGCAGCCCGGCCGGCGUGCCCACUCUGGAGGCGUCGCCCCGGGUUGGCCACGCCCUGCUGUCCUACCGGGUCCAUGAGGGUCCGGAGGGUCCACAUGACCACAUCCAGGGCUGGAGACUCGACACCAACGGACACCUGAAUGACUCUGUCAACAGGAAGGACAAGUGUGAGCGUCUGGGCCCGGAGGAGUCGCUACACACAGUGGGAAACAGUGCAGUGAGGCGACUGGAAGGCGUCUCCGAGCUGGACGAGUACUUUCUCAAACGUAAACCGGAUGAUGGCGACGGUCACCCGGCGACCAUCGCCGAGUACCUGCAACGCAGCGACACCGCCAUCAUUUACCCAGAAGCCCCAGAGGAGGUGACGAGGCUGGGCACGCCCGAGGCCAUCGGCCAGGACGAGAGCGAGCAAGACCUGCUGCCCGGCUCUGCGGACGACUUCGCCCAGCUGCUCACGUGUCCGUACUGCGACCGCGGCUACAAGCGCCUGACGUCUCUGAAGGAACACAUCAAGUAUCGUCACGAGAAGAACGAGGAGAGCGUUGCCUGCCCACUGUGCGCCGACACCUUCAGCCACCGCACGCAGCUGGAGCGUCACAUGACCUCACACAAACCCGCCAGAGACCCGGUCAGAGACCCGGUCAGAGACCCGGUCAGAGACCAGCAGCCGCUGCUCAACGAAGACGCUGGAAACCGCAAGUUCAAAUGCAGCGAGUGUGGAAAAGCUUUCAAGUACAAGCAUCACCUGAAGGAGCAUCUUCGUAUUCACAGCGGUGAGAAGCCGUACGAGUGCUCCAACUGUAAGAAGAGGUUCUCCCACUCCGGCUCCUACAGCUCCCACAUCAGCAGCAAGAAAUGCAUCGGCCUGAUCGCCGUCAACGGACGAGUACGCAACGGAAACAAUGGCAAGCCAGGUUCCUCCCCCAACUCCACAACCUCAUCGCCAGGGAGCCCCGCCCUUGCCCAGCUCCGCCAUAAACUUGAAAAUGGGCGACCGCUUGGCCCUCCAGAUCAGCAGGGUCAGCUCGAAAUCAAAGCAGAGCCGAUGGACUUCAACGACUACCGGCUGCUGAUGGCCUCUCAGCACGGGUUUGGGGGACCAGGGGUUUAUCUGAACGGCCGUGGAGGAAGCCCUCUGGGAAUCCACAGUUCCUCCCAGAGCCCUCUUCAGCACCUGGGGGGCAUGGGGCUCGACCUGCCCCUGUUGGGUUACAGACCAGGGUCUCUCGGGAACAACCUGAGUGAAGUUCAGAAGGUGCUUCAGAUCGUGGAAAACACGGUGUGCAGGCAGAAGAUGGAUGGGAAUCCAGAGGAGAUCUCCAAGCUCAGGGCCUACAUGAAGGAGCUGGGUGCCCAAAUGGAGGAGCAGAAGCUGGUCCAGGCCGGCUUCCAGGUAGUGGGCCAGGGCAGCCCCACGAAAAGCAUAAUCGACUUCACACUGGAGAAGGUCAAUGAGGCAAAAAGUCUGAUUGAUGACUCAAAGAGGCAAGUGGACAUCAAGAAGGAGAAGGCAAACCACUCAGUAGACAUUAGCGGGGAGGAGAAAUCCCACGAUGGCCAGAACCAGUUCCUGCCGUUCUCUUGCCAGUACUGCAAGGAGAGUUUCCCUGGUCCCAUCCCGCUGCAUCAACACGAGCGCUACAUGUGCAAUAUGAAUGAGGAGAUCAAAGCCGUUCUGCAGCCAGCCGAGAGUAGUCCUGCUCCCCGCAGGGGGGCAAUGUCCACCGAGCUUCCCGGUAACGAUCGGGCCACCAGCCCCAUCAACCCCUUCAAAGACCAUGUGUCAGUGCUCAAGGCCUACUUCGCCAUGAACACUGAGCCCAACUCAGAGGAACUGCUCAAGAUCUCAAUUGCUGUUGGCCUCCCUCAAGAGUUUGUGAAGGAGUGGUUCGCCCAGUGGAAGAGCCAAAUCCACCAUGGAGGCCGUCUGAGGAAAAAGUCACCGCCCCCUGACCGCAGUGGAUCGGACAAGCAGAGCUUCAGCCGGUCAACAAUAUCGCUUCCUGUCAUAGAUUUACAUGCAGGCUUCACUAACGGUGAUGCCGCCCACAGACUCACAAAAGGCAACCAGUUUACAGCCAACAGGCAGACAACAGGGGACAAACCACUAGACCACUUGGACCACUUGAGGAGCAAUACUCCGUCCCCUCUCAACCUUUCCUCUACUUCUUCCAAAAACUCUCAGAGUAGCUCUUACACUCCAAACAGCCUGGCUUCUGAGGAUGCCCAUGGGGAUUCACCACUGGAUCUGUCACUGCCCAAACACAUGGCGCAGAGGCUGCUCACUGUUGGAGAGAAGCGGCCCAGACCUAACGGUUUCAUCAUCGAGCACAGUGGCGAGGCACACGGACGAGAGCAGGGGCCCGGUCCUCUAGACUUGUUAAACAUCAAGAAGGAAGUCCUGGGCCCUGAAGGUGGAGGGACUUCUGUUCAUCAGCUGGAGAAAAGCUCCAGUCCUAUGUUCGGGAUUAAUCCCUUCACUGGCGGUCCCGUCUACACCUCCCUGCCACCACACGGAGCAUUUCCUCCACCCACCUUCAUGUCUCCCGCCCAGGCAACCAUCCCAGGCCUCAGACCCUACCCUGGCCUGGACCCCAUGAGCUUCCUGCCUCACAUGGCCUACACUUAUGCCACUGGGGCAGCCACAUUUACUGAAAUGCAGCAGAGGAGAAAGUACCAACGGAAACAAGGUUUCCAGGGGGAGCUGCUGGACGGGACGGCGGACUAUCUGUCGGGCCUGGACGACCUGACAGACAGCGAUUCGCUGCUCUGCAGGAAGAAGAUUAAGAAGACUGAAAGUGGUAUGUACGCGUGUGACUUGUGCGACAAAACAUUCCAGAAGACCAGUUCCCUCCUAAGACACAAAUAUGAGCACACAGGUAAACGUCCUCACCAGUGUCAGAUCUGUAAGAAAGCCUUCAAACACAAACACCACCUGAUCGAACACUCGCGGCUGCACUCGGGCGAGAAGCCGUACCAGUGCGACAAGUGCGGCAAACGCUUCUCGCACUCGGGCUCGUACUCGCAGCACAUGAACCACCGCUACUCGUACUGCAAGAGGGAGGCGGAGGAGCGCGAGGCAGCCGAGAGGGAGGCGCAGGACAAGGGAGGAGGAGGAGGAGGAGGAGGCAUGGAGCCCACUGAGCUGCUGAUGAGGAGGGCCUACCUGCAGGGCCUGGGGCCCCUGGGAUACUCCGACCCCGAGGACCAGCAGGAGGACGCAGGGCUGAUCCUGAGGGACGGCAGCGAGGCAGAGAGGGAAGAGGAGGUGACAGAGAGACAGGAGGCAAGUUUCAGGGAAGGAGAGGAGGAAGAGGAAGAGGAGGAGGAAGACAGACUGGAGACGGACUCGACGAGGGACGAAGAGGGCAAAGACCCGACGCAGCUGAUGGACGAGAGUUCACGAGAAGGGAAGACACACGACAAGUUGGACCAGAAGAACUGAAGCUUUGAGACGUUUCAAAGAGACUGAGCAGAAUAAAGAUGUGAAGUUUAUCUUCCCCACAUUUUAAAUUUGAAUUAUUUUAACCACAGUUGUUCACACUGCCGUGGUUCUACAUGUGGACAAGUGUCAAACUGAGGAGUUUUAUCAACAACAUUUUCAAUUUUAACUCUAAAACUCAGUUGGGAGCUAAACUAACUGAGCCACGACGGUCUGGACACACUCAUUCCUUUAGUGGUUCAAUGGUUUCAUACACACACACACACACAUAUAUAUAUAUAUAUAUGUGUGUGUGUGUGUGUGUGUUUAUAUAUAUACAUAUAUAUGAGAAGGUGAGAAACUUCUUUUCCUUUGGUCUUUGAACCCUGAAUAAUUUUUCUCCGUGUCCAACUGGAGAUGCGACACGAUGAGCGACGUCGUCGUCAUGACGCUGGUGGGAUUGUUUAAAAAUCCACCUUAUGCAAAAAAACGAAAAAGAAGAUAAAUGAGAUGAAGAAGUGAUGAUGAUGAUGAUGAUAACAUGAUGAUGAUGAAGCUGUUUAAAUGUACAGUAUUGUAAAGGCCUGAAAGCUGUGUGGUGCUAUAUCGAUGUUCUUAACUUCCUGUGUCUCGUAUUUUGGAUAAAAACAUCUGGAAACAAAUUGCACUUGACUUCACGAAUCACUACGAAAUAAAAAAAAGGAAUGAAAAAAGAGGGAACGAAGCCUCGAGUGCUCAUCACUUCCUGUCAGUGUUAUUAUCGUUGUAUCGUUGUUUUAUUUACUGUGAUGUUUUUUGUUUUUUUUCAUCCUGUUUUUAUUGCUUUUGCCAACUAACCACAUGAUUUUUGGGCCUGAGAUGUUUUUCUCUAUGUGAAGGAACAUUCUGAACCAGUGUGAUGAUGAUGAUGAUGAUGAUGAUGAUGAUGAUGAUGAUGACGACGUGAGUCUUAAAGAGGAAGGAGUUUCUCCAGAGGACGCCUUAUAUGCAAACCUGUUCACCUGUGCGUUUCUGCAAAGUGCCAUCCCUGUACAGUGUCAUCGUCCGUAUGAAUAUUCAUCCUGUGUCUGGUCGUCAGUGUUAGUAAUAGAUAGAUGGCAGUUUUUUAGUUUACAUCUGUUUGUGCAAUUUUCUCUAUGAUUCGUCUGUUUUUGUUUCCGACACAGUAUUUUUUGUCAGUAUCAAUUUUUUGUAGAAUUUUCCAACACAAAUUUCUUUUUCUUUUUUGUUUUUUUAUUGGAGAAUUUUACCAUUUUAUUUAUGUGACUCAUUUUAUAUUUCCUAAUUUUAUUUAUUUCAUACUGUAGUGUACAGUAUUACAGUUCCUCACAAAUAGAUAUAUUUUAGUAAAAUGUUUCUGUCAUUGACUUAUUGGAGCAAAACAUUAUGAAUACAGAGCGCUUAUGGUAUCUGGAAUCUUAAAUUUUUAUUUGUCGUUGUUUUAUUUCCUUUGAAACUACUGGAAAUUCUAAAUUUGGGGAACUUUUGAUAAGAUUAUUGUGAAAACACUGUAUUUUUAAGAUUUAAAAAAAAUCCACUUUAUCCACUGAAGAGGUGACGAAGGACUGAUGAGGAUGAUGAUGAUGAUGAUGAUGAUGAUGAUGAAGGAACCACUGAAAUGUCUGAAGUAUUAUUGAUGAAUUUUUAAUUUCUCUUGGAAAUGCUCGAAUAAAUGUAGCCAAAAUUAAAUUUUAAUAAAGCCGUGUUAUUCUUCUCGUAAGGCUUCGUACAGCUGAGUGAUGAGGAGGAGGAGGAGGAUGGUGUGUGUGUGUAUCUGAUGUCAGAUGUUUGAGCCCAACAUCCAUAAUUUGAAUUAAAUAAACUCAUUAAUAAAACAUGA